GGUGGAAUUACGUCACUUCCUUGACUUAUAUCCAUUUGUUUCUCGCCAGUAGUUACGUACUGCGUAAUGACCAAAGAUAUCGUUACUAUUUUAUCGUAAAAUGUGUGUGGGGGGAAACUGCCAGGGCUUUAUUUAAUCUGCACUCUUAGUCUGAAAAGUGCCAGCUCUAGCAGUUACCUAACGCGUUGGCGUUAGCGAAAACAGGAAAACGUGCACUCGCUAGCUGCUUUAGGUUAAUUGGCUAACUAUUGUUAGCUGGCCGGAUACUGUUGGUAUUGUUGGAUUUUUUCAGAGUCCGGGUCCCGCUACCGCUGGUGUUGUUCUGUCCGUAGAGUUGUGAAGCUGAUGGAGUGCCCUCAUCUGAGCUCUAACGUAGGCUGUGCCACCGAUUCCCCCAGGUUCCCUAACGGUACCCCGUCCUCCUGGUGCUGUAAUGUUUGCAGGUCGAACAAAAGUCCAUGGGUUUGCCUUACCUGUCUGAUGGUUCACUGUGGGCGAUAUGUCAAUGGGCAUGCUAAGAAGCACUUUGAAGAGAACCAAGGCCCCAGUAAUUGUCAAAGAAAGGGUGAAAAACAGGAGAAGGAUAAAACCCAUCAUUCUGUCUGCAUGGACUGCAGCAACUUCAGUGUAUUUUGUUACAGAUGUGAUGACUUUGUUGUCAAUGACACCAAACUUGGGCAUGUACAGAAGGUGAGAGAACUUCUCCAGAGUUUAGAAAAUUCAUUGCUUUUGGGAGACAGACAGAGGAAGAGAAAACUUCUAGAUAGCCCAGCUGUUGAUGGAAAGCUGUUUAAAGACAAUGACGGAGUGGCUGUGGGUGCAACUGGUCUGCGUAACUUGGGCAACACAUGCUUCAUGAACGCCAUCCUACAGUCACUCAGCAACAUCGAGCAGUUCAGCUGUUAUUUCAAGGAGCUUCCAGCUGUAGCCUUGCGCAGCGGUAAGACGGCAGGAAGACGGAUGUACCACACCCGCAGCCAGGGGGACAACAGUGUUUCCUUGGUGGAGGAGUUCAGGAAAACCCUUUGUUCCCUGUGGCAAGGAAGCCAGACCGCCUUUAGUCCAGACUCCUUAUUUUAUGCCAUAUGGAAAAUCAUGCCUAGUUUCAGGGGCUUUCAGCAACAGGAUGCUCAUGAAUUCAUGCGUUAUCUCUUAGACCACCUCCACAGGGAGCUCCAGUACAGUCGCAAUGGGGCAUCUCACCCCGUCUCUCCUCAGGAUGCAGUCAGACUCUCCACCACAGACAGUAAAUGCUGCAUAAAUGGGACUUCCAGUGUUGUCACGUCUAUUUUCGGUGGUAUACUUCAAAAUGAAGUCAACUGCCUGAUAUGUGGGACAGAAUCUCGAAAGUUUGAUCCAUUUCUUGACCUGUCUUUGGACAUUCCAAGCCAGUUUAGACAAAAGAGAAGUAAGGACCAGGAGCCAGGUCCUACGUGCACUUUACUUAACUGCUUACGUAGCUUCACUGACCUUGAAGAACUUGAUGAAACGGAGCUAUAUUAUUGCCACAAGUGUAAAAAACGACAGAAAUCAACUAAGAAGUUCUGGAUCCAGAAGCUGCCGAAGGUCUUGUGCCUGCACCUCAAACGGUUCCACUGGACCGCCUUUCUGAGAAACAAGGUGGACACUUAUGUGGAGUUUCCACUGAAAGGCCUGGACAUGAGAGCUUUCUUACUUGAGCCAGAGAACACAUUACCAGGGAAUUGCUUGUAUGACCUUGCUGCUGUCGUGGUGCAUCAUGGAUCUGGGGUUGGAUCAGGUCAUUAUACAGCAUAUGGCAGCCACGAGAGCCACUGGUACCACUUCAAUGACAGCACAGUGACUCUGACCAAUGAGGAGACGGUGAAGAAAGCCAAGGCCUACAUCCUCUUUUAUGUUGAGAGGACUGGUCAAGUGGCUUUAGACAAGAGUCCCACUGAUAACACUGCCACAAAUCAGCCUGAUGUGGACACGGCAGCCACAGACUGCGUUUCGACUGAAAUAGUUUCUCAGGACGAGGUUGCAGCAAAGGCAGAGAUAGUUUUGUUGGAUGGUGCAGCUCCGCAAACACACACCCUGGAUGAGAAAGCUGAAGAAGAUGCGAGGAUAAAUAUGGCUGCAUUAAAUGAGGCGGAGACGGUGUCGGAGGAGGCUGCAGCAGACAGAGAUACCUCAGAGCAGACUGGGACGGAGGAAGCUCUCCAAACUGUCCAAACCGCUGCGCCAUGAUUCAGUCACAAUUCACUGCCUCAGAUUAGCUUUCCUUCAUUUUGGUUUCACCUCAAUGUGUCACAGUGCUUGAUUAUUAUUGUUAUAAUUUCCCAUUUAUCAUAUGUGUUCCUUGAGUCGAUGACAUGUUUGAAAUAUUCAUGUUUGACUUGCUGCUUUUUAUAUAUUUUUAAGUGUUUUUGCAUAUAUUUUUUUUAUAAAUUUUGUUGGAAUAGAUUCCAAUGGUUAUAGUUUAUAAUAUUUGAGGUAAAGCUUGAACCUUGGGAAACCUCAGGAGGUCCAACGCUCAGUAGAUGGAGACUGUACCACCGCUGUGUCAUUGUGAAUAUAUUAGACUGUUAUUUUCUUUAAGAUUCUAGUUUUGUAUUUUUUUUCCAAUAGAAAUCAUGUAGCUCUUUUCCAGUUUUUAGUGGAUAUUUAGUGUUUAUACUGCAAUGUAUUUGGAGUGUUUUAUUUGGGCUCUUUAGUUUGUAUUUCCUUCUUCUUUACCACCAACCAUUAAAAAGAUGUGAUCAUUCUGUUUUGUCAGGAUUGGUGGUGGAGGAUCAGUCAGCGUUUAUGUUGCUCUAAAGGAUCAGUCACCGAUCCUGAUGAAAUUCACUGUUAAAUAUGUACCAGCUAACGCUGCCAUGACUGAAUGCAAUGAAAACUCUUUUCAUUCA